AUGUUUUACCCGAUUGGCUCAAUGCAAUCUUUAUUUGAAGCUCUACUGGAAUGUUCACGGGAAGAUUUUUUUAUUAUAUUCUUGCUUUGCUCGAUUUUUUUUUUUGCCCUUGCAGCAUUCUUAAAUUAUGAAUACAGUUUUAAUCAUGUUAACCAUAAAAGACUUGAAUUCCGAUACUACGCCGCUAUAGUAAUCGCAGCUGCACUUUUAUCGAUUGCCAUCGGAAUUUUAAUUUAUAGUUCUAUGAUGAAACUUCGUGAUAUUAUAGUGAAUAAAUAUCAAAAAAAACCAAACAACAUGCCUAAUGAUCAGGAGGAUGAUGACGAAAAUAGUGAAAAUAUGUUACCCACCCAAUAA